AUGCCCACCGCCUCACUUCCGCCUCACUUCCUAUUCUUGCGAUUUUCCUGUCUCCAUAUCUCAUUUCCGUCACUGAUUAAAUCUCUUCGUCCAUGGAUGUGUGGUUCAGUGUCAGUCCCUUUGACUUCGGUUGACGACCUUCUAGCUGCUCCUGGAUGCGGAAACCUCACCCAGCUCGAUAAUCACAGGAUUGGUAAAACUACAUGGUUUAAACAUGACAAUGGCAAAAUCUCGAAGCAGAUUUUCAAAAAGCUGAAAUCAAAUAUCCUGCAUUCGUGUGCAAUCUCAAGAUCCCUCAGUACCAUAAUGAAGUCCAGAAGGUGCUUCUAG